AUGAAUGCUGAAGAUAAACUAACGACACCGAUUCGUGUAUCAUCCUUGAUCGGUGACAAAUUGCCGUUGAUCACUCGGGAUGAUUGUUCAUACUAUGGUCGAAUGAAUAGAACCGGUUUUGGCUUGAUCAGAUCUUAUGAAGGAAUUCCGGAAAAUCUUCUUGUGAAUAUAGUUGUGUCGGCGGUACUUUUGUUACUCUUCGUGUAUCUACGACGUCGUUUUUCCGAUUCGAAAAGCAUCGAUGAUGGCACAGAAAUAUCAACACUUCUGUAUGGUCAGAGUACUCCGUUUCGAAAUGUCGUUCGUGAUGACAAUGAGUCAUGUCUCCAUCGAUAUUUUGUGACACGGUGGCUAUGGAUUCGCGAUCUGUUUAUUAUCAGUGAUUGGGAUGUCUAUCGAAGUUGCUCACCAGACGCAUAUUAUUAUCUAUUAUUUCAUACAUAUUUAAUUGCAUAUUUACUUUUUAUAACAAUCUUUUCGUUAACGAUUAUUCUACCAGUUAAUUUUCAAGGAACACAAGGAACAACCGAACAAAAAUUUGCUCAAUCAACAAUUGCUAAUCUUCCUCCUAAUUCACCCUUACUUUGGUUUCAUGCAUGUGCAUCGAUCAUAUUUGUUAUUGCCGGUAUUAUCGUUGCUUAUUUGUAUACAAAUGCAACGCGAUACUAUGCGACAGAAGAUAUGUACGAAGACGAAGAAUCAAAAGAAAAAGCCAGUCGAACAUUGAUGGUGCGCGGUAUUCCGCAUGAAGCAUGUGACGAAGACAAGCUCAAUGAAUACUUUCGGGAAGCGUAUCCAACGCUUUAUAUUACUCAUUUAACUUUGGCGUAUAACAUAGCUCAAUUACAACAUGUUUAUAAGCGUCGCGAACUUAAUCUUCGUAUUUGGCAACAGAGUAAGAAAAUGUAUCAAGAAAGUGGUAAACGACCGGUAGUAUAUAACAAUACAUGUGGACAGAUGUGUGGCUGCUGUGCAAAGGAGGUUGAUGCAAUUGAGUAUUAUGAAAAACUAUACAAUACAUACAAAGAUCGUGUGGAGGAUGAAUACUUGCAUGUUCGACAGAAAAAAUGUGGUUUAGCGUUUGUUACAUUUGCAACACCAGAAGAAGCACAUCGAGUUCGUUCGAGUUUUCAACCAACAUGUUUUGUACCAGAUCGUCGACCGAAAACAUCCACAAGCAAUUCUAUAGGUGUUCAUGAAUGGACUGUUGGAUUCGCUCCAAGUCCUAAAAAUAUCAUUUGGAAAAAUAUCCCGAUGAGUGAAAUUAGUCAUUGGUUUCGCAUCAUCGUCGUCAAUAUCAUUCUCGUGUUUUUCAUGAUAUUUUUAACAACACCAUCGGUUGUUUUGAGUACCAUAGAUAAGAUCGCGAAUAAAUACCGUUCAAUCGAUCCAUUAAAACGAGUUACGAAACAAAUACAAGUUCCGGUUUUCCUAACAUCUGUCAUGCCUGUCUUGUUAUUGCGUAUAUUUGCUGCCGCUAUGCCGUCGCUUGUUAGCGUCACAUCGCUACUGGAGAAGCAGUGGAAAAAAUCAGCAUUGGACAAAUCGAUGAUGAUUAAACUGUUUGUUUUCUUAGCCAUGAUGAUCUUGAUUCUGCCAUCGUUAGGACUAACGAGUAUCGAAGGUUUUCUUCGUUGGGUAUUUGAAAAUGAAGAAGGCGUUGCACAUAACAGUCGAAUUCGUUGGAUGUGCGUGUUUUUACCGGAUAAUGGUGCAUUUUUUGUUAAUUAUAUCAUCACAUCUGCAUUUAUUGGAACUGCGAUUGAGUUGUUACGUUUAGCUGAUCUUGUCUUUUACAUCUAUAUUAUUGUUACAGCUAAAUCAACUGCAGAACGACGUGUUAUUCGACAUGCAUUACAAUUUCCGUUUCGUUUCGGUGUGCAAUAUGCUUGGACAUCUGCUGUUUUCUGUGUUAUUGUUGCCUAUUCAAUUGCUUGUCCGUUAAUAACGCCCGUUGGUAAUAAUUCAUCUCGUGAUUUCUAUUGCAUCUCUAAGAAAUCCGUUUCAGGUUUAAUCUACCUUCUUAUAAAACGUGCAGUAGACAAAUACAAUCUUGUAUUUGUGUAUGAUACAGAAAUCGCAGAUAAAAGUGUUCAUCGUCUAGCAGGAAAUUUCAUUAUCGUUGCAUUGAUCAUUCAGCAAUUGACGUUGCUAUUCUUUGUUCUUGUUCGCUCAGAAACAUUAACCUAUCUAUCCAUGACACUAUUAGGCAGUUUUAUUUUGACUGGUGGGAUCUAUUUUGGUUUCUCAUGUUUCGAUUGUUGUGGUCGGUGGAGUUCACGGAAAUAUUCAUUAUCAACAUCAGUCAUACCCGAGGUCAGCACUUAUUUUCUCCCAUUCACGAUUCGAUACAAACUAUUAAAGAAACUAUUCGGAAGAUCAGGAGAAAAUCGCCAAAAAUUAGAUGAACUAGGUGAACUGGAAGAAAUUGAAGGCCGCCAGAACAAACAACGUGCUACCUCGCAUUAUAUUCCAACGAUAUUAAACGCAUGUAUUGAAGAAUUUGAUAUUCCACCAAGUCUAACGAAAAUUCGUCGAUGUUCGAUACGUGACCCAACACAAAUUGGUCUCUACGGAACAGUCGAUCCAACUACUCAGCCGAUGGUGGUUGGAACUGGUGAUGAGAAUGACUUGCUCAUAGAUUAG